AUGGCUUAUGUCAAUAUAACUGAUAUCAACACGAGCAUAGAAAACUUUGAAAGGGAAAUUGAUGCACUCAGUCCUGGUUCACUCCGUCACCGAGUGUUCCACAGUCAACAGUGUUCCACAGUCAACAGUGUUCCACAGUCAACAGUGUUCCACAGUCAACAGUGUUCCACAGUCAGCAGUGUUCCACAGUCAACAGUGUUCCACAGUCAACAGUGUUCCACAGACAACAGUGUUCCACAGUCAACAGUGUUCCACAGCCAACAGUGUUCCACAGUCAACAGUGUUCCACAGUCAACAGUGUUCCACAGACAACAGUAUUCCACAGUCAACAGUGUUCCACAGUCAACAGUGUUCCACAGUCAACAGUGUGCCAGUCAACAGUGUUCCACAGACAACAGUGUUCCACAGUCAACAGUGUUCCACAGCCAACAGUGUUCCACAGACAACAGUGUUCCACAGUCAACAGUGUUCCACAGUCAACAGUGUUCCACAGACAACAGUGUUCCACAGUCAAUAGUGUUCCACAGUCAACAGUGUUCCACAGUCAAGUGUUCCACAGUCAACAGUGUUCCACAGUCAAGUGUUCCACAGUCAACAGUGUUCCACAGUCAACAGUGUUCCACAGUCAACAGUGUUCCACAGCCAACAGUGUUAAACAGUCAACAGUGUUCCACAGUCAACAGUGUUCCAGUCAACAUUGUUCCACAGACAACAGUGUUCCACAGUCAACAGUGUUCCACAGUCAAGUGUUCCACAGCCAACAGUGUUCCACAGUCAACAGUGUUCCACAGUCAACAGUGUUCCACAGUCAACAUUGUUCCACAGUCAAGUGUUCCACAGUCAACAUUGUUCCACAGACAACAGUGUUCCACAGUCAACAGUGUUCCACAGUCAACAUUGUUCCACAGUCAAGUGUUCCACAGUCAACAGUGUUCCACAGCCAACAGUGUUCCACAGUCAACAUUGUUCCACAGUCAACAGUGUUCCACAGUCAACAGUGUUCCACAGUCAACAUUGUUCCACAGUCAACAGUGUUCCAGUCAACAUUGUUCCACAGUCAACAGUGUUCCACAGUCAACAGUGUUCCACAGUCAACAGUGUUCCACAGUCAACAGUGUUCCAGUCAACAUUGUUCUACAGUCAACAGUGUUCCAUAGUCAACAGUGUUCCACAGUCAACAGUGUUCCACAGUCAACAGUGUUCCACAGCCAACAUUGUUCCACAGUCAACAGUGUUCCAGUCAAGUGUUCCACAGUCAACAGUGUUCCUCAGACAACAGUGUUCCACAGUCAAGUGUUCCACAGUCAACAGUGUUCCACAGUCAAGUGUUCCACAGUCAACAGUGUUCCACAGUCAAGUGUUCCACAGUCAACAGUGUUCCUCAGACAACAGUGUUCCACAGUCAACAGUGUUCCACAGUCAAGUGUUCCACAGUCAACAGUGUUCCUCAGACAACAGUGUUCCACAGUCAAGUGUUCCACAGUCAACAGUGUUCCACAGUCAAGUGUUCCACAGUCAACAGUGUUCCACAGUCAACUGUGUUCCACAGUCAACAGUGUUCCACAGUCAAGUGUUCCACAGUCAAGUGUUCCAGACAACAGUGUUCCACAGUCAACAGUGUUCCACAGUCAACAGUGUUCCACAGUCAAGUGUUCCACAGUCAACAGUGUUCCACAGUCAACAGUGUUCCACAGUCAACAGUGUUCCACAGUCAAGUGUUCCACAGUCAACAGUGUUCCACAGUCAAGUGUUCCACAGUCAACAGUGUUCCACAGUCAACAGUGUUCCACAGUCAACAGUGUUCCACAGUCAAGUGUUCCACAGUCAACUGUGUUCCACAGUCAACAGUGUUCCACAGUCAAGUGUUCCACAGACAACACAAGUCUAACAUUCAUCCCCGUCCAUUAUGAGUGGAAAAUGUUGCCACUACCACCUCCUCCCGCUCCUCAUUUCCCUAACAUAUGA